AGGGUGCUGUUUCUCCAGUCUCUUACCAGUGUCUUUGUCUCACACUCUUUUGUUAGCCAUGCCUAGCUUGCUGGUUCUAGCAGGGAUCAUGGAGAAAAAUGGGGGCUACGGCGGGGAUUUAGCCGGCUCCGGGUUCGGUAGCGAGGGUCUCCUAGUGCCGCCCGAGGAGGAGGAGGAUGAUUCCCGUGCCCUUAGAGUUGCGCUGGGCCAACUGUCGCUGCUGGGUCUUGGAGAGGGCGAGGACGGGGCUCCUGCGGGUGGUGGUGGUGGAGGAGUUCAAGACAGGAGUAACAAUAACCACCACAAUCACAUCCCAUCUGAAUCAGGGAUGUUACAAGGGAAGAAUAAGUUGUGCGCCCUGUACGAGAGCUCGCCGACCGAAACCAAAGGACGGGGCUGCAACAUAACGGAGUGCGUCCCCGUGCCAAGCUCCGAACAUGUGGCCGAAAUAGUGGGGAGGCAAGGUUGCAAAAUCAAAGCUUUGCGUGCCAAGACGAACACCUACAUCAAGACCCCCGUCAGAGGCGAAGAACCAGUCUUCCUCAUCACCGGCCGCAAAGAGGACGUGGCCCUGGCCAGACGUGAAAUCAUCUCUGCUGCAGAGCACUUCUCCAUGCUGCGGGCCUCCAGGAACAAGCUGGGCGUCUCGUUCAGCGGCUCGCCGCCUGCACCGCUCCCUGGCCAGACCACCAUACAGGUGCGGGUGCCCUACCGCGUCGUGGGUUUGGUGGUCGGACCCAAAGGCUCCACUAUAAAACGCAUCCAGCAGCAAACGUGCACUUACAUCGUAACCCCGAGCCGCGACCGCGACCCCGUCUUCGAGAUCACCGGCUCCCCUGGGAACGCCGAACGGGCUCGGGAGGAAAUCGAGGCGCACAUUGCUUUCCGCACGGGUGGCCUGCACGACCACAACAAUGAGAACGACUGCUUGGGCCCUGACAGUGGCAACGGGGGUCUGGAGAGCCGCCUGCAGCAGGUGUGGGGGCUCCAGGGGGCCCCGCGCAAACCGCUUGCCAGCAGCUACCGCCAGAAUUUCUCAGACACCAUGGUCGGAAGUAGCGGAGGAGGAGGAGGAGGGGGAGGGAUUUACAGUAAAGGUGACUUUACCAACCACGGCAACGGGGACAAGCCGUGCUCUUACUUCGGCUCGGAGGGCACUCAAAGCUGGGGCGAUCCCGACUAUCCCAAACAGGUGGCCUACUAUGCCCAGCAGCGCUCCAAAAGCUUUGGAGGCCUGCCUCUCCCUCUGACCAGACUGUCGCCGGGACUGCCCGAACCGUGCGGCACCAACAACUCCAACGCCGUAGGGUCUCCUCACGCCCAGGCCCGCCGUGCCCACAGCGAGCCCACCGCCACCACGGUCACGUUCACCGGACGGCUCCCCGUGCCGGAUUCACCGCCUGCCGUGGCUCGGGACUGCAUGACCUGCUUUGAGAGCAAAGUGACGGCCGCUCUGGUCCCGUGCGGUCAUAACCUCUUCUGCAUGGAGUGCGCCAUCCGAAUUUGUGAGCUAAACCAUCCAGAGUGCCCUGUCUGCCACACCCUGGUCACACAGGCUAUCCGAAUAUUCUCUUAAAGAGUUGUUUUUUUUCUUCGUUUUUUUGUGCUUUGUUUUUACUCUGUAGUAUCAGUUUACUUUUAAUCUUUUUUUAUUUGGCCAGUAUUCACUUUUUUAUUUUUCAGAAAACACAAAACCAAAACAAGCAGAUAUUUUAGAACACACUGCUUGCUUUACUAAAAAAAGAGGAAGAAGUAUUUUCAGAUUUUUCUUUUAUAUGUACACAUAUAUACAUAUAUAUUUUAUAAAAGUUUUUUUAAAAAUGGAAAGAACGUAGUUCUUAGCAUGUUCAUUUUUGUUUAUUUUGUUUUUGUUUUUUUUACUGGUGCUGUUUUUUUCCACAUGCUGUGUGGACAGUAACAGGAGAAAUAAUGUGAACAUUUUACACUUUUCCUUUGCUGGGGAGGUAGAAAAACAAAUAUCAUUACAAGUUUAUUUCCUAAGAUUGGAGUAUAGUUUUUCAUCCCAGCAUCUUCUGCAAAUGAGCUAGUAUUCUUUUUUAAGGUAAACUAGAAUCUUAAAUCUUUGCACCUUAAAAUUGAUGUAAAGUGAUUGUCAGAAACAUUACAUUGCUAGAUGUCUAUGCGAAAUAGAUGGUAUAGAAAUGGCCAAUAUGGGCUGAUAUAUAUACGACCUGAUGUCGGUGUGGCUUUAAAUUUGGAUCAUGUUCUAAACAACACAAUUACACAAUUAGUAUCUGCUUUGCUAAUCAAUAUUUGAACGGGUAAUUGACGAGUAAAACAGGGAGUUUCUCUUU